AUGAGCGCGCUCACCGGUCCCGUCAUCAUCGGCACGCACGAUAGAGGCCCAUGCAAGACAUUGCAGUCCAGGCAGAUCGCUCCCAAUGAGGGCCUGGACGAGGGCUACAUGCAAGGCGCCCAACAUUCCGGAUUCCACACACCGCAGACACAGACACGGAUACUCUCGUUGCACUGCUCGCUCCGAGACGCCAAGGUAAAUGGUCCGAACACUCGGAAUCCCCGGGAUCUCUCUUCACUUCCCCGGUCGAGAACUCGGCGCAACUCGAAGUGGCAUGCAGCACCAGUCGGCUCCUCUUCCCGGCCGAGUCGAUACACUUCUUCCUUUCUGUGGAUCCACACAUCCGUCGCACAACAGACGCAACGUGAGCGACAUCCUUGCGAAUCUCGAGAGAAACGUGGACCGAUUUUGGACGGCUGGUUGCACCGCCUGAUCAAGAUGCUGCCUGUGUGUCUGUCAGUAUCGCUCUAA